AUUGCUGCGACUAAAAACUACUGGCUGGCCUUUACUUUACAUGAAGAAUGCGCCUGGUACAAUGGAAAAAAACAGUCUAAAGAAGAUGUAGCUUCCUUUCUGGAUACUGUUGUGACUGCUCAAGAAUUUCUCCAGGAUGGGCUUUCAGGAACUGAAGAAUUCCUUUUCAAGUGCCUUCCACAUUGGAAUGGUUGUCACCGCUCCCAGAUAUUGGGUCUGAUUAGCCAGAUUCCUCUUCAUGCCUUUUCAGAAAUUGAAAGGCUCCUGUAUGAAACCUUGACACAGAUGUUUAUUCCAUCAUCUUUGUGGUUUAAAGUCGAUGUGCUUAAGAGU